AUGUCUCAAGACAAUCAACCCAACGAUAUGGACGAAGCCAACGGCUCAAAUGAAAACAAUGAGACCGACGGCCGAGUCCAUUCGCCCGGAGGCACGCCCAAGCCUAGUCACGAGGAGAAAGAAGGCAUUGAUGGAGCAAAUGGAUAUGCAGAUGGAAGCGAAAAACCGGAGCUCAAGGAGUGGCAAUGCUACGAAAAGCUUGGCUAUAGUUUCCCGGCGUGGAAGAAGUGGUGGAUCAUCACGGUCAUCUUUGCUAUCCAAGUAUCAAUGAAUUGGAAUGCCAGUUUCUACGCCAGCAGCAUCACCUUAUAUGCAAAGCAUUUUCACAUUUCCGAGCAGGCUGCACGUGUGGGCCAGAUGAGUUUCCUCGUUGCCUAUGCCUUCGGCUGCGAGCUCUGGGCUCCCUUCAGCGAGGAGUUUGGCCGAUGGCCUAUCCUCCAGCUCAGUCUGUUCCUUGUCAACAUUUGGCAAAUUCCCUGUGCCCUAGCCCCAAACUUCGGCACCAUUGUCGUGUGUCGCAUCUUGGGCGGACUUUCCUCUGCGGGUGGCUCAGUCACACUCGGCAUGGUCGCCGACAUGUGGGAGCCAGAAAGUCAACAAUGGGCAGUUGCUUACAUCGUGUUGUCAUCGGUAGCGGGCUCCGUCCUAGCCCCUAUAGUUGGAGGGUUUGUGGGGACAUACCUCGACUGGCACUGGAAUUUUUGGAUCCAGCUUAUUCUCGGAGGAUUUGUGCAGGUGUGUCAUUUGCCAGUGCCAGAGACUCGAUGUGCCGUUCUUCUCACGAGGGAGGCCCGUCGGAGACGCAAGAAUGGGGAUAUCGUUUGGAGUGGUGAUGAGCUCAAAGGCACACGCAUAUCCUUCAAAUAUCUGUUCAUGGUCUGGAUACGACCAUUCAUCAUGUUCGUUCGGGAGCCAAUCGUCCUGUGUCUGUCGCUCCUCAGUGGAUUCAGUGACGCUCUGAUCUUCACCUUCCUUCAGUCAUACACUCUCGUAUAUAAGCAAUGGAAAUUCAACACCGUUGAUACCGGACUUGCUUUCAUCCCAAUUCUCGUGGGUUAUCUCAUUGCAUAUGCGUCAUUCCUGCCUUGGAUCCAUCGGCAUUGCAGGGUGAGGGAGCGAGAUCCGGACGCAUUACAGCCGGAAGUUCGUCUUUACUGGCUGCUAUGGGUGGCACCACUUCUUUCGAUCGGUCUGUUUGGUUUCGCCUGGACCAGCUUGGGUCCACCUCAUGUGCAUUGGAUCGCUCCGAUGAUAUUUUCCGCUUUGAUUGCCAUAGCCAAUUUCUCAAUCUAUAUGGCCACGAUCGACUACAUGAUCGCGGCAUACGGGCCAUACGCGGCCUCGGCAACAGGCGGGAAUGGGUUCGCACGCGACUUCCUCGCCGGUAUCGCUGCCAUGUACUCUGUCCCUAUGUAUAAGCAUAUGGGGACGACGGAUACGCUGGAGUGGCCCUCGACUUUCCUUGGAUUCAUGGCCAUUUUGUUCACCAUUCCAAUCUACGUCUUCUAUUGGUAUGGGCCAAAGAUCCGGGAGAGGUCUCCAUUUGCCCAAGUCCUGGCUUCAGACAGGAAGAAGGCCGGACGAAGAGUAUCACAAUGCGGUUCUGGCGACCCGGACCCUGUGGAGCGCUAUUUGUCUGGCGACGAUGCAUAG